AUGGCCACGCCCCCAAACCUAGCCACACCCCCUCUGCACAAAAUUGGCCACACCCCCUGCUGCAAGGGAGGGGUCGGUGUGGGCGGGGUCAGGGGCGGGGCCAAUGAGGGUGGGGUCUGUGGGUGGAGUCAGCGGGGGCGGGGUCGUGCCACGCCCAGUGCCACGCCCAGUGCCACGCCCAGUGCCACGCCCAGUGCCGCCACCGUCACCCCUGUGCCACCCCCCGAGGUCACCCGGUGCCACCCCCCGGUGUCCCCCCGUGUCCCUGAGCUGCCACCGCCACCCCCUGUGCCACCUGUGCCACCUGUGCCACACGCGCGCGGGCCGGGGCCGGGGGGCGGCGCGUCCCCUCCCGGCCCGGGGGUGGCACAGGUGGCGCAGGUGGCGCAGGUGACGCAGGUGACACCGGCGGGACCGGUCGGGCCCCGCCCCCCGGGCGGUGGCGCUGUCGCUGUCGCUGUCACCGGCGCGGGGUGGCGACAGCCCAGGUGUCACCUGGAGCCCCUCAUUGUCCCCAGGUGUCCCCCCCGGACACGCCCCAGGAAGGGCCGGGACAGAAUUCCCGGCCCGGCUCCUCCCGGCUCCGCCCUUCCCGUCCCGACCCAGGUGAGUCCGAGCCAGGUGAGCCAGGUGAGCUCGAUACAGGUGAGCCCCGAUCCAGGUGAGCCCCCCCUGAUCCAGGUGAGCCCCGAUCCAGGUGAGCCCCCCCUGAUUCAGGUGAGCCCCGAUCCAGGUGAGCCCGACCCAGGUGAGCCCAAUCCAAGUGAGCCCGAUCCAGGUGAGCCCGACCCAGGUGAGCCCGACCCAGGAAUGGCUCCCCGCGCCCGCGGCCUCCCCUGGCCCCGCCCCCCGCUGCUGCUGCUCCUCCCCCUGCUCGCGCUCGGCCCCGCCCACGGAGCCGGCCCCGCCCAGGAGCUCCCCGAGGAGGACGAGUCGCGGAUCAUCGGGGGCCGGCCCUGCUCGGUGGCCCAGCGGCCCUUCCAGGUGGCCCUGACCAAGCGGGGGCAGAUCCUGUGCGGGGGGAGCCUCGUGGGGGCGCGCUGGGUCCUGACGGCCGCGCACUGCCGGCAGCCCACCAGGGAGCUGCAGGUGCUGAUCGGCACCAACACGCUGCGGGCAGGUACGGGCCAGGUGCGCCGCGUCUCGCGCCUCCUGGUGCACCCCGGCUACAACCCCCGGCGCAACGACAACGACUUCAUGCUGCUGCACCUGGACGCACCUGUGCGCUUCGGGCCGCGCGUCAAGAAAAUCCGCGUGGCCACCAGGUGUCCCCGGGCCGGGCAGAACUGCAGCAUCAGCGGCUGGGGCACCACCAAGUCACCUGGAGCCAAGCUGCCGCGGGACCUGCAGUGCGCGCAGGUGCAGACCUUCGGGCCGGAGCAGUGCGCCCGCGCCUACGGCAGCGCCGUCACCCCCAACAUGUUCUGCGCAGGUGUGCCCCAGGGCGGCGUCGACUCCUGCCAGGGUGACUCCGGGGGCCCGCUGGUGUGCGGGGGGUACCUGCAGGGCGUGGUCUCCUGGGGCCUGGCCGUGUGUGGCCAGCGGGGCCAGCCAGGUGUGUACAGCAACGUGUGCCGGGCCAGCGCCUGGAUCCGCCGCGCCAUCGGCGCCGGAGCGCCCGCGCUGACCGCGAGUGACCGCAGUGACCGCAGUGACCGCGAGUGACCGCAGUGACCGCGAGU